CGAGCAUAUUUUUUAAACAAGCCCAUCUACUGCAAAGCGCCGCGCACCAUAGAGGUAAAACACAUCUGGCUUUGCAUGAACAGGUAUUGUUUUUACCUGUGGAAAAUGCCUAUUUAAAUUGGGUACACUGGCUGAAAAUAAAAUAACGUAUUUUAAACAACUGUAUUUAAAGUACCCAUUAUUAGGAAAACUUGUUUUUAUUAUUAUGUUGUGAUUCAUGGGUAAGUUCGUUUAAAAAAAAAAAAAAAAAAAAAAAAAAAGUUAAACGUGCGCCACCGAAAUCGUGGAAUCUUGUAAGAGGAGGGGAGCUCAGGUCUCUAUCUGCAGAAAUAAACUGUUGAACUGUGUAACUCCGGCAGGGAGUGCACUGCCUCUGUUCAACCAGUGAGGACUCUCUCCUGUGCUCCUGUGGAGCUGGUCUUCAGAACCAAAAGAGUGUAAUUUUCUCAAGGGCACUGACAGUCUUACCAGCAACAUUUGCUUCAAGCUUACAAACCUGGAAAACAGACUCAGUCACAUUCCCUUUACACUCACUGUACGUGUGUUAUUUACAAAGCAGCCAGGAUCAGAAAGUGAAUUAGAAUCCCAAACUUCCAGUUCCCGGGUUCCAUUCCUCCCUCGUACUGGACUGUCGUUGGGAUUUUAAAAGACAUAAUUCAGUACUAUUUUCUGCGGACUACAGUCAGAGUCAGUUCAUGGAGUUAUUGAUUAAGCUGGUGCUUGUGUCAACGCUGUAUCUGGGAGCAGCUGGUGACUAUGACGGCAGGUGGCCCAGACGGGUGUCCUCCUCAAAUGGACUGUGCCGCUACGGAGCCCGGGUUGACUGCUGCUGGGGAUGGACACGACAGUCCUGGGGCCAGUGUCAGCCUCUCUACAGAGUAGUCGGGAUAAGGUGCCAGCCCCAAGCUCUCUGCCAACCUGGAUGUAAACAUGGGGAGUGUGUGGGACCAAACAAGUGCAAAUGUUACCCAGGCUACACAGGGAAAACUUGUAACCAGGAUGAGCAGGUGUAUGUUACUCCCCCAAUGUGGGACAGUCACCCUCCUCUCUUUCUUCCCAUGGAUCACCAACCAGCAGGUGCACCUACAGCGGAUCUCAAUGAGUGUGGACUGAAGCCACGGCCUUGUAAACAUAGGUGUAUGAACACCUAUGGAAGCUACAAAUGUUACUGCCUGAAUGGUUACAUGCUCAUGCCUGAUGGGACAUGUGGAAAUGCCCGCUCCUGCUCCAUGGCAAAUUGUCAGUACGGCUGUGAUGUGGUGAAAGGGGAGAUCCGGUGCCAUUGCCCCUUACCUGGGCUACAGCUGGGGCCCGAUAGCAGGACCUGUGUGGAUGUGGAUGAAUGUGCCACUGGCAGAGCUGUGUGUCCUAGAUUCCGGAAGUGCAUCAAUACCUUUGGAAGUUACAUCUGCAAAUGUCAUGAGGGAUUCGACCUAAAAUACAUCAACGGAAAAUACCAGUGCAUAGAUGUGAACGAGUGUCUUUCCUCUGUGCACCACUGCAGCAGCUUUGCCAUGUGUUACAACACACCAGGCUCGUACAAAUGCAAAUGCAAAGGAGGCUUCAGGGGGACCGGCUUCGACUGUAAACCCAUACCUAAAGUCAUAAUUGACCCACCAGUACCAGGCAAAAAAGAAAAUAUGAGAAACAUGAAGAACACCACAAACGGCAACGGAUGUCAAAAUAAAAUCCCUGAUCCUGAUUGUGACAGAAAGAUAACCACCACCCGUCUACCCGUAACCACCAAAAGAACUGUAAUUACCACUAAAAUAAAAACCACAACCACCAAAUCCAUUAGAAGUACUGCACCUCCAAGGAGGACCACCCCAGCCCCAGUUGUCACCAGGAAGCCUGUGGUGGUCACCACUACCAAAAUGCCUAUUGUGACUACAGCUCCAGAGAGAGAUACUACUGUGGACAACAGGAUACGUAUUGAGGUCUCCCCUAAACCGAGAGGGGAUGUGCACAUUCUUCGGAACCCUGGAGAGAACAAUAUCGUAAUUGGAAGCAUCGAACUGGGAGAGACUGCUGAUGGGGAGGAAGUCCAAGACGAUUCAGAUGUUAUUCUGCACAGUUGUAGCUUUGACCAUGGUCUGUGUGGAUGGCUCAGGGACAGAGAAAGUGACCUACACUGGGAAGCAAGCUCAGAUGCUGCAGGUGGAAAAUACUUGACGAUUCCUGAAGUUUUUGGUAAGCGAGGUGGAAGAGCAGCCCUGUUGGCUCUUCCUCUAAGGCAGCCGGUGGACUCGGGGGAGCUGUGCCUCUCGUUCAGACACAAGCUGUCGGGGCAGCACUCCGGUUCCCUGCAGGUGUACGUGAAGAGGAACGGGGCACAUGGCCCUGCAGUGUGGGGCAGGACUGGUGGGCAUGACUGGAGGCACACCCAGAUCACACUGUGGGGGGCUGGCUUGCAGAGUGUCAUAUUGAAAGGGGAGCGAUUGAAUGAGAGGCCUGGAGAGAUCGGCCUGGACGAUGUUAGUCUGAGAAGAGGCUCCUGCACUGGGGAACACACUCUGAGGAGACAUUAACACAAUGCGGAAAACUGGAGCGAACUCCACUCACCAGCUCCACUCCUACCAGGAGACUGAGCUCCAGGGGGGAAUGCAGCCUUGUCAGAGCAAGUCCAGUGAACCAGGCCCCUCAAAAUAAGAGAUUCUUCGAGGGAAAGGGAAAACUUUACCAGAACCGGGGAGUUUCUAUUUUACUUCCUUCCCAUUUCAUGUACGUGAAUCCUGUAUGUAAUCGACGCAUGCUCCACUAAUGCUGAGGACUGCAGUCUUCAAAAGCCAUCUCUUGCUUAAGAAGCCUAACCAAACCUUGCUUUCCCAAACAUAGUAGAUUCUGUUGUGUUGUGCAUGUCAUGUAUUUACUUCAAGCAGUUAUUGUAGGCUUUGCGAAAUUAGUAUUUUUCUUUUUUUUCCAUUGCUUUUCAUACUAUUUUCAUCCCGCUUGUAAACAGUAUGUGUAUAUUUUUAACACACCGGAUUUAGUUGAACCUGUAAGGGUUGCAUCUCUUCCAGUUAACAAAUGUUUGCUUUGCAUUGAUAUUGUUAUGACUGUCUAAUAUUAUCAAACCAAAUUAUUGUACUGUAUGAUUACUGUCAUUUUUUAAUAUUGAUUGUACUUCUAUGUAUUUUAUUAGCUUCAUAGAUUUGUUCUGCCCCUUUAGAAUGUUAAAUGGGCACAUUGGUGCUAUUAUAUUGAUAAAUGUAUUGAUUUAUUUUCACGUUAAACCUAUUUCAUUUUUUAUAA